AGUGACCCCGGACACUUAAUAGACAUGUGAAUUUUAUAAGGGCAGAGGGGAUAGUAUAUGUAUAAUUUAACUUGUAUCUGGGGUCAUUGUGUUGUGUGGUACCUCCUCUCCUCCUUUUCCCAAUUUUUUAUGUUCUAGUACUUCAAGGAUCACGGAUGUCCCCAUCAACAAAUUCAUCUGACGAUCAUAAAAAUAUCGUUACUUCAUGGCCGGUAUCCGAACUUCCGACCACUACUACCACUUCAUUCUCAUCCGACCCUAGUUCAUCACAUCCUAGCUACUAUCCAUCCAUGCUCCAUCAUUCGGAUGACACUCACCACAUCUCAACAAACGAAUGGAACUCCUUAUUCUCUGCCCCUUUGAACCCUUCAGUCUUUGCAACAUUGGCUGCUAAUGGCGUAUUUCCAGUACCACGUCCAGAUCAUCAUCAUUCAAGACAUUACACUGAACAUCCUUCAUCAUCUUGGUCACAUGCGCCAACUUCCAUCUCCGGCCAUUACCCUCUCAGACCAUCCUUAACUAGGGUCCACUCUUCCACCGAACAACCAAUGCCUACUCGUCCACCUCAUGACUCUCGUCCUCGUCGUACAAUCAACAACGACACUUUGAACCUCAAUUUAUCAAGAGGCACAAACUCACGUCCAGAUGGAAGUACAAAUUCAUUUCCUCUCCUAUCCCCCUCAGCGACAGAGUUUUCAAAUUUCGAUCAUCCUGCUGAGCGCUCUAACACUGGUCUACCCCCAUCCCUAUGGAUGUCCCCCGCUUCUACGACUCCUUCAACUCCGUUGUAUUCCCCCCUAACUCAGCUCACAAUACCUUCACAUCCAGAACCCUCCCCUCUCUCUUCUAACAAGCUUUCCUCUCCCUCAGAAACAAUUGAGUCAAAAUCCGCAAUAUUCAGCGACAUUUUUUCAGAUGAUCUCUUUGGUUCCCCGCAUCCUGAUCACUCUCCGAGCACCUAUACUUCUCCUAGACUUUCUGGUUCACCCGACCUCGAAUCUCCUUUUGACGAAAGUGACCCAGAAAAGCUUGCCAAACAAGAUCCCCUUGCAACUCAAGUCUGGAAGAUGUACGCUAGGCAAAAGGCGAAUUUACCUCACGCUCAGAGAAUGGAAAACAUCACCUGGAGAAUGAUGGCUCUCGCUUUAAAGAAGAAGAAAGAAGAAGAGGAAGCAGCAAACGCCAACUCAGAUAUUAAAUCAGAAGCUGUUCCAACUCCCAUCCCUGAUCCUGACGAGGAAAGAGGUCGUAGAAUCGACAAGGGCAAAGCAAAGGUCCAAGUCAUCGGGUUUGACGGUACAAAUCAAGAUGGCGUAGAAGAUGACGAUGUCGUGGCCAUGGACUGGCGUGCAAUGAGCAGAUCUCGCUCUCACCUCAAUCUCGCUUCCCGUUCAAGGCCACCGCAGUCCGCAGCAGUCUUUGAUCAUCAUGGUGUGGUCCUCCCUCAAACUGAUUCUCGAUAUCAUUUCCCCUCCUCACAUCUCGAAAGCCUCGCUUCCUCGCCUAGUAUUCCAAUACCUGGGACAUCUGCUCAUCGCUCUUAUCCGGGGUCUUCUUCGGCACCCCGCUCUGGACUUUCUGGUACCCUUCCAGCCGUUUAUGAAGGUCAAGUCGACCACGAUUCGCUCUCUUUCACUAACGGACUCCAUCACGACCAACAACUCGGUCAACUCAACAACUCCCUCUCUGCCCUCGAUACGCCCGCUUUCCACCCAUCCUCGCUCCCCUCUUUCGGUUUCCACGGAGGUUCGAAAUUGCUGCCAGAUCAGUCACCCAAAGCACGUGCCUUCCCCAGGCACGUGCGAAAAACGAGUUUCGAUCAUACUGUCAAGCGGGAGGGUCUAUUUACCGGUGUCAGCGGCAGACAUCAGGUCAAUGGCAAGCCCUUGUCGCCCGAUAGUCUAAUUGGGCAGAAACGGAGAGCAGAUGCACCUCAUGCAGAGAGCAUGCUGCGCGCAGACCCCUCCAAUGUAGACGGCAAUCCCCGCACCACUCAGGAGCCAGAUCAGUACGUGAGCACCAGUCCCUUCCCUUCCACCCCUUUCAAUUUCUGCUUCCCGCGGGACUAUGGGAUGUUUGAUAUGCACGGUAGCUCACAUAACGAAUUCUCGCAUAUGCUCCACGCCACAGACGAUUCUCAUUCGUCGUUCCAUGAUUCUGUUUCACAUCCUCUCAACGGUUCUACUUAUGGGUCUUCUUCGGGCGUUAAUGAGGGUCUCUCGGCUGCCGCCGUGGCCGCAAGUGCAGCAAUGGCGGAAGGAUAUCGGAAUCUCAGCGCCGCUGCCAACUUUCCGUCAGACGACUUCAGCCAUCUCCUUGGACUUCCGUUUGGAAACAUUGACACCAGCGUCAAUCUCUCACAAGGCCCAUAUACGGUUGAUCCCACACAGAUUCUUCCAGUGGAGCAUGGCGACGGGGUCUUGCAGAGCUACCAUCCUAGUCCAUCAAGCGACGGAUGGGGCAAUGGCAUUACGUCCAGUUCGACCGCAUCCCCUGAACCAUAUUUAACCUCGAGCGCUUCCUCACCUCCAUCUGUCGAAGGUACCACCACGGGCCCCAACUCACGGAAUCAGAUGCGGAAGAUUGCGUCUACGAAACGCAUCGCCCAGGAAAUCAGGCGUAAGAAAUCGGUUUCUGCGCUGAGCCCCACAAUUGGGACCGUAUCGCGAUCAGCAACGAGUACCCCUGAUCUGAGUACAAGAGACGGGAGCAAUGGGAAUCCGAAAUGUAGUAGUGAUGAUGGUGACCAGCCGCCCACAUCAUGUACGAAUUGCCAGACUACGAAUACGCCGCUUUGGAGACGUGAUCCCGAAGGGCAACCUUUGUGCAAUGCAUGCGGGUUAUUUUUUAAACUGCAUGGUGUCGUUCGUCCGCUGUCGUUGAAGACGGACGUGAUUAAGAAACGGAACCGGGCUUCUGGUGCGCCCAACGGAAAUGCACGCAAAGGGGGCGCUGGAUUGCCCAAACUUGCAUCAUCGAAUACUCGGCCCCGUGCGUCGACGACUAGCACGGUGCCGACUGGAUUUGCAAACGGCCGAGGAGUGACGAAUGCGAAUAGACUCCAACCUGUAGCUUCAAAAGACUUUAAAGAAUCCCGUCGUAUCUCUCGCACCGACCUUAAUUUCGAACAGGCAUUGAGGCAUGGGGGCACGGUGAAGCUUAAAGAGAGCCUUGAUAUCAACACACUGGGCGUAUCUGACAGCCCUGCUCCCCCCGCGCAUGAAUUCACUUCGCUUUCACCCCGACCCCCAUCGAGGGAAUCGCGGACGCUGUUGACACGCGCCCACGGACCGCCUACACCUGUCAUCGUCCCACCUUCACCAUCCCCAGGCCCUUAUCCCGGCCCCUCCUCCGCGAGAUGUCCCUCUACGACCAGCUCCAACGACGUUUUCUACGAUGCCGAAGACCCUGACAUGCAGACUAGAAGGCGAAGCUUGUACCGUGCGUCUGGUACGAGCAGCAGCCCCGACCUCGCCACGCUCGUGCGAAAAGCAAAAGAGAGGGGUGGGGUGGUUCCGCAGGUUGAGAAACGCACGGAGCCGCCGUUGCCGGUGCAUGGAGGGGGGGUGUCGAGACUUGGAGUUGGGCCUCCGCGUCCGAGAUCAUCGACUUCUGCGGGUUCCCCUCCUUCUGCCUCUUCGUCUGCUUCGCCUGGGAACCCGAUGGUGAAUGUGUCACCUGCGGUGGUGAGGCCGUCGAAGCUUGCCCGAGAACAAGGAGUGGAAGUACCGACUAAAUCUGUAAGAGCCAAGACAAGCGCGUUUCUGGGUAAGAUGCUGGGUCAGUCGACGACGCGGGACCGCUCGCGGACGGAUGCUUCCAUCACUGGGUCUCCGCGCUCAAGACCGUCUUUCGUAGACAGUUUUGCCCCUCCUGUUCCCCCGCUACCAGACGACGCCUCUCGUUCCGCCAUAUCCCCCACCUCUGAUGCUUUUGCAAGCUCCUCUUCGAAUUCUACAGAUCACAAACCCCUACCUCCCAUCCAUCUCGGUCCAGCCACUGAUGAUUUAGACGAUCGGUCUCUUGUCGUAAUCGAUUCCAUGUCACGAACACGAGACCAAGGGCCGCCUUCUGGCACGCGUUUUAACAACAAACCAAAGCCAGACGGCAGGUUUAUUUGUCAUAGCAAGCGACGAAGCAUGAGCGUGAACGACAUCAAUUUACAAAAUCUAAACGUUUCUUCCUCUCCUGCGCCCACGCUUCCUCCCAAGGACUCUUCCCCUACCGAACUCCAGGCUUGGGAGUCUUCUUCCUCGCUUCACGGGAUUCUUAGUGAUUUGAAGGGUGUUUUGUCUCAACUGGAUCCGGACUCUGGUUCAUCGCUUGACUUGCGUGACCCUUCUACGCCUGCGAGACGUGCGCGGUUGAAAACUCAGACUCCUGAGUUCAGGUUUCAAGGGGAUUCUUCAAAAUCUCCGCUGUUACCCCCUGUUCCUCCGUCCACUCCGAUUGUGACGUUGCCCACUCAGUCGUCGCUGGAUUUUAAUACGGAUAUAAGACCCCCCUCAAGAGGCGGGCUUUCAGUGGAACCUAUCGUCCCGCCACGUUCGUCUUCCCUUCAAACGCCUUCACGGUCUCGUUCCGGAUCCGGAGCACUCGGUUCGCCGAGAGUAACCGCGCUUCGGCACGGGUCGAGCCCUUUGUCAGGCCCUUUGAGGGGUAAAGGAUACGGUAACCAGAUGCAGUCUUCGUACCGCGACAUGUCUCGUCUUCGCGUCCAACAUCACUCUGUAGCUUCGAGCUCUGAGCCGUCUUUGAUCCCUGUGAUUGAUGAUGUUCGGCCACCUUCUUCUCAGGCUCAUCAGGAGCUGACAACUAAUGAUCUCAUUCUAAACCGAUAUGCAUCUAAUCCGUCGUUUGUACGGACGGAAGAUUCGGAUGAAGAGAGGGGGAAGGAUUUGGCUGCGAAGUGCUAUACCGAGGAUGAGGAUUUCUUACCGAAGGAGAAGAUCGCAGAGUGGUUGGGCGGACAUGGGCAAGUUAACAAGACAGCGCUCCAUCACUACAUGAACUACUUUGACUUUACGGGGCUGAGGCUUGAUGUUGCGUUUAGACAUCUUUGUGCAAAGUUGUAUCUUAAGGCUGAGACCCAGCAAGUGGAUCGAAUUCUCGAGGAACUCAGUCGACGAUUCUGGGAUUGCAAUCCUACGCGUCUAUACGGGAGUGCCAGCGUCAUCCAUGCGGUCGUCUACUCCAUUCUCCUCUUAAACACCGACCUCCACAUCGCAGAUAUUGCAAACAGGAUGUCGAGGAGUCAAUUCGUCCGCAACACGAUGAUGGCCAUUCAGUCGCAGAAUCACCCGAGUCGCUACGGUUCGAGUCCAGAUCUGAACGAUGAUAAUAGCAGCGGGCCGUUGACGGCAUCUGACGGCACCGAGACGCAGUCCCUCGCUCGGUCAAAGAGAAGUGGCAGUGUUGCAAGCUGGAAUAGUAUCUCCAAAGAUACAUUCUUCGCUUCAGCUGCGGCUUCUUCUGCCGUUUCGACAGCGCAGCCCUCGCUGAAUAGUAGUACUACAUCUUUCCAGCAUUCCUCUGGUCCAGAAUCGAAACCUCCGAGUACUGCUCCCUCAUCGGUUGCGUUUGACAGGAGCUGGGAGGUAGAUAUGGAAAACCUGCUUAAGGAAAUGUAUACUGCAGUCAAGAGCCAGCAGAUCUUGCAACCCCUAGGAACCACGUUCAUGGCUCGUGUUUCAACAUCAUCUCUCGCUCCAGGGGCACCGCAUCUCAUCAGUCGCAAUCGCAGCUACCGCGGACCGUCGGACCGGCUCACGACACUCAAGCGGGGUAGUAUCCGGGGUAUUCAGUCGAUACUCACGCCAAGCUACAGUCCUUACAGCAGCAACAGCAGUAUCGAUGGGCGUGUCAGCCCGUCACCGAGUUAUGUGACCUCGACUCGUGAGGGCAUGCACAGCUCUAUGGGUAAUUUCCUCACCCCUUCUCUUGGUUUCGCGUCCAAUCUCACAGGAGGACGAGGACGCAGCUACCGCAGUCAUGAAUCUAGCUCGACAACUAUUAGUAUCACAGAUGAAGAACUUGCACUUCUCGGGGCGCCAUGGGCAAAGGAGGGAAUGCUUUGCCGCAAACAGUACUGGGAGUCCGCGGGCAAGAGAGCAAAAUCUAAGAACUGGAUGGAUGUUUUCGUGGUCAUCCAAAGAGGGGAGCUGAAUAUGUUCACGUUUGGAGAUCAUGGUGGAGGGUUCUCUGCCGUCGUUGGUGGUGGUAAUUGGCUGGAAAACGCCCACUCCGUUGGCACAGUACAGCUAUCUCAUUCGCUAGCCCACUCUUUACCUCCACCAGGCUACAACAGACAACGUCCCCACUGCAUGGUCUUAACCUUGGCUAACGGUGGCGUAUUCUUUUUCCAAGCUGGUACAGAGGAGCUCGUCAACGAGUGGGUCUCGACGUGCAACUACUGGGCGGCACGUACCAGCAAAGAGCCAUUAGCAGGUGGCGUCUCCAACAUGGAGUAUGGCUGGAAUCGUGUCGCCGAUGCUUUGAAUGGACGCUCUGCAUCAGACGACCAGAAACCCGAACACGAUCGCGCCGAUUCGAUGAGCGUACGCAGCGGGCGGAGUACCCGAAGCAAACUUGGGUGGAAAGAGAGUGCCGCUACCGUCCGCGCUCAUUCGUCGUGGUCGGAGAGAUUGUUCAUCAAUGAUUGGAAGCCUCCUAUUCCACCCUCGAUAUCCAGCAUUCAUGACGAGGAAACCCAGCUCGAGGCACUUCAGAAAUAUGUACAUAUGUUGAAGAAGGAUCUCAAGCAUCAUAAUGAACUGAGGGAACCGAUGAACGCUCUGUACACGCCACGUUCAACGAACGGAGGGAAAGCCCAGAGUAAUUGGGAGAAGAAGUCGCAAUUCCUGCUCACUGAAAUCGUGAAGUACGAUUCUUAUGUUGAGUCACUGCAAUCCGCCAUGCAUCUGCGUCUGAAGAAGAGAGGCGAAAAAGCGCUAGAACGCGCUCUGGUUGUUGCAGUACCUGAUGACAAUGACCCCGCGACAGCAUCUGGCAACUGGAGAGGUUACUCAGAGGAAACGAUCCCUGAAGACGAAGAGCCACCAGCGGGUGGAAUACCCAGAAUUUACCCAUUUCAUCGCAGGGAGAUGGCGGAGGAAGGGUAG